AGUAGUGCUGCUGCUCUCUCUUUCUCUCUCUGUCUGUUUGUCUGUCAUCUCCUUUCCCCUUUGUUCCAGCUUGUUACAUCUCUCCCACCUAAUGCACCAUUCCUCAACUUCCAAGUCUCCCUAUUUCCCCCAAUUUUCCAAACCCUCACGCAACUUUCACGCCAAUACCUCCGCCGCCCACACCAAUGCUGCUGCGAGCUUCUGAUUCUCCCCACUUGCUUCUCAUUUUAUUCUUCCUUCUCCAACCCUAACUUCCUUUUCACUUGGAUUUGGCUUCGCUCAGCUUCUUCAUGCUCCUUUGGCUCGGGAGUGGCGCCGUCUAGCUCAUUCCCGAUCCUCUCUUCCACUCAGCCUCUGCAAAUUAGUCCGGAUCCAGGGUUCGCACAUUUCUGUUGGUGACUUUAUAACUUGAGUAUUGCUUGCUAUAAAUGUUCCAUGAGAUUUCGAUUGAUUCUAAAUGCGCGCUCGUUAAUCUGUUUUAGGUUUUAGGUUUUUUAACAUUUGCUUCUCUCAUGGAGGCUGCUUCUGCGAGCGGGGUUCGUUUUCGAAGGAUACCACGGCAGUCCUUUUCAAAUUGCUUUAAGAUGGAACCGUUGCUGGACGAAAACUUGGAGCAAUGGCCACAUCUAAACGAGCUUGUUCAGAGCUAUGGUGCUGAUUGGGUUAAAGAUGAGUACAAGUAUGGGCACUAUGAGAACGUUGGGUCCAUCACGUUUCAGAACCAAGUAUUCGAGGGGCCAAAUACAGACAUUGAAACAGAAAUGGAACUAGCUAAUGCUAGACGGACUAGGACACAAGUAUCAACUGAAGAAGAAGUUUCAAGUACAUCAGGAAGUAAUUGCUUGCAGCAUCUUGGAGAAUCUCCGUUGCCGGCAUAUGAACCUGUUUUUGACUGGGAUAAUGAGAGAUCCACAAUAUUUGGUCAAAGAAUCCCUGCUGCUAACAUUGUUCAGUACACCAGUGGGCUAAGGAUUGCAGUGAAAGUCUUAUCGUUGUCAUUUCAAGCUGGGUUUGCAGAGCCAUUUUAUGGCACUAUUUGUUUAUAUAAUAGGGAGAGAAGGGAAAAACUAUCAGAGGAUUUCAUAUUCAACAUGUUACCAGCAGAUAUACAAAAUAUGAAUAGUUCUGUUGAGGCCCGCGGCAUUUUUCAUGUUGAUGUACCAUCAGCAUCAGUCUGUUUGCUUAUCCAAUUAGAGAAGCCUGCUACUGAAGAAGGUGGAGUGACCUCAUCAGUAUAUUCACGCAAGGAGCCAGUUCAUCUUACUGAGAGGGAGAAACAAAAACUGCAAGUGUGGUCCCGACUCAUGCCUCACCGAGAGUCCUUUGCUUGGGCAAUUGUUCCACUCUUUGACGGUGGUGUUACUUCUGCUUCUGGUGGGUCUGCUUCCCCCAGCAGUCCUCUAGUUACUAGCCUUUCUGGCUCAACUUCUCAAGAAGGAGCUGCUGAACCAGUAGCAAAGAUCACAUUAGAUGGAAAGCUUGAGUAUUCCGGUGGAAAUUCUGUUGUGGUUGAAGUAUCAAAUCUGAGCAAAGUCAAAGAAGGCUAUACUGAGGAAUCACUCCUGGAUCCUAAGCGUAAGAUUCACAAACCAGUGAAGGGUAUCUUAAGAUUGGAGAUUGAGAAACUCCAAUGUGGCCAAGUUGAUUUGGGGGGUCAUCCUAAUAUGUCUGAUGGAAGGCAGAAUUCUGACUUUGAUGUGCAUUCUUCUUACGGGGCAGUGCUGGAUCGAAAUGGAUCAGUAUCUCAUGGUUUGGGAGAUAGUGAUACUAAUGAUGUAAGUAUCAGUGUGUUGGGGGGUUUUCAUGCCAUAUAUAGGCUUGAGUUAUAUGGUCGAAUUCCUGUCAAGCCAUUCACGUGUUCUCAUUAUUAUUUUGUCCUUUUGCAGUUCCAGGCUUUUGACUUUCGGAUAACUUCAAGGAAUGAGCCCUUCUUACAACUUUUUCACUGUCUUUAUGUGUACCCUUUAAGUGUCAGCAUGACUAGAAAAAGAAAUUUGUUUAUUCGAGUUGAACUAAGAAAGGAUGAUGCUGAUAUACGCAAACCUCCUUUAGAGGCAAUGCAUCCAAGGGAACCAGGUUCUACACUUCAAAAGUGUGCCGAGACUCAUGUUGCUGUUGGAGCUAGGGUUGCUUGCUAUCAUGAUGAAAUUAAAGUCUCGUUGCCUGCUAUAUGGACCCCAUCACACCACCUUUUAUUCACUUUGUUUCAUGUUGACCUUCAAACAAAAAUUGAAUCUCCCAAGCCUGUGGUGGUAGGAUAUGCUGCUCUCCCUUUAUCCGCUUAUGCACAGUCAAAAUCUGAGAUUUCAUUGCCUCUUAUGCGGGAGUUGGUUCCACAUUAUCUACAAGAUACCAGCAGGGAAAAGCCGGAUUAUUUGGAGGAUGGUAAAAACGUGUUUAGACUCCGUCUGCGUUUAUGUUCAUCGUUGUCCCCAAUAAGUGAACGGAUUAGAGAUUUCUUUCUUGAGUAUGAUCGGCACAUUCUUCGAACAAGUCCACCUUGGGGAUCUGAGCUUCUUGAGGCAAUCAACAGUUUGAAGAAUGUUGAUUCCACAGCUUUACUUCAGUUUCUUCAGCCCAUCUUAAACAUGCUUCUCCACCUCAUUGGCAAUGGAGGGGAGACUUUGCAGGUUGCUGCUUUCAGAGCGAUGGUUAAUAUAUUGACAAGGGUGCAGCAAGAAUCAGUUGAUGAUGGUGAAAGAAAUCUUUUUCUUGUUAACUAUGUUGACUUUGCUUUUGAUGACUUUGGGGGUCGUCAACCACCUGUUUAUCCAGGUUUAUCUACAGUUUGGGGAAGUUUAGCCCGUAGCAAGGCUAAAGGUUACCGUGUUGGGCCAGUUUAUGAUGAUGUAUUGGCUAUGGCUUGGUUUUUUCUUGAACUCAUUGUCAAAUCUAUGGCAUUGGAACAAACUCGGUUGUGCUAUCACAAUCUUCCUUCAGGAGAAGAUGUUCCUCCAAUGCAGUUGAAAGAAGGCGUCUUUAGAUGUAUCAUGCAAUUGUACGACUGCCUAUUAACAGAAGUUCAUGAGCGAUGCAAAAAGGGUCUUGGUUUGGCUAAAUAUCUAAACAGUGGCAUGGCUUUCUUUUGUUACGAUCUUCUAUCUACCAUAGAGCCUCGCCAAGUUUUUGAACUGGUGUCUUUGUAUCUUGAUAAGUUCUCUGGAGUGUGUCAACCAGUGCUGCAUGAUUGCAAGCUCACAUUUCUGCAGAUUUUAUGUGAUCAUGAUCUUUUUGUGGAAAUGCCAGGGAGAGAUCCUUCUGACAGAAAUUACAUUUCAUCUAUUCUUAUACAAGAGAUCUUUAUUGCUUGGGACCAUGAAGAUUUAUCUAUGCGAGCUAAGGCUGCAAGAAUAUUGGUGGUUCUACUGUGCAAGCACGAGUUUGAUUUGCGCUACCAAAAGCUGGAAGAUAAACUAUAUAUUGCUCAGUUGUACUUCCCCCUUGUAGGCCAGAUACUAGAUGAAAUGCCUGUGUUGUACAAUUUGGGUUCAAGUGAAAAGCGUGAGGUCUUGAUCGCUAUAUUGCAAAUCAUACGCAAUUUGGAUGAUGCCUCUCUUAUUAAAGCUUGGCAACAAAGCAUUGCCCGUACCAGAUUAUUCUUUAAACUUCUGGAAGAAUGUCUAAUUCAUUUUGAGCAAAGGAAGCCUGACGACACCUUGCUUAUGGGCAGUAGUUCUCGCAGUCCACUUGGAGAUAAGCCCUUCCCAUCAAAGUAUUCUGAGAGACUUUCUCCUGCAAUUAACCAGUAUCUUUUGGAGGCUGCACGCCAAGAAGUUGGACCCCAGGGAACACCUGAAAAUGGAUAUUUGUGGCAAAGAGUCAACUCUCAGCUAAGCUCUCCUAGUCAGCCAUAUUCCUUAAGGGAAGCUCUAGCUCAAGCCCAAUCUUCUAGAAUUGGAGCUUCAACUCAAGCAUUAAGGGAAUCUUUGCACCCAAUAUUGAGGCAAAAAUUGGAACUUUGGGAAGAAAACCUUAGCGCUGCUGUCAGUCUUCAAGUUCUGGAAAUAAUUGAGAAAUUUUCUGGGGCUGUAGCAUCCCGUACCAUUGCUACUGAUUAUGGAAAACUUGAUUGUAUUACAUCUCUAUUUAUGAUAGUCUUUUCUCAUAAUCAAUCUCUGGCUUUCUGGAAAGCUAUCUUUCCAGUUUUCAAUAAUGUCUUUGAGCUUCAUGGAGCAACACUGAUGUCGAGGGAAAAUGAUCGUUUUCUAAAGCAAAUUGCCUUCCAUCUUCUACGGCUUGGAGUUUUUCGGAAUGAGAAUAUUAGGAAAAGAGCUGUUAUUGGGCUUCAGAUACUUGUUCGGAGCUCUUUCUCCUACUUCGCGAAGACAGAAAGAUUACAGGUUGUGCUCACCAUUACAUUGUCUGAAUUGAUGUCUGAAGUCCAAGUUACACAUAUGAAAUCUGAUGGGACUCUAGAAGAAAGUGGUGAAGCACGCCGUCUUCGAAAAUCUUUGGAGGAGAUGGCAGAUGAAUCUAAGACCCCUUCUAUACUCAGAGAGUGUGGUCUUCCAGAAACAGCUCUUGUUGGCAGUAGUGAACAAUUGUCAGAUAACCGUUGGUCCUGGUCGGAAGUUAAAGUUCUCUCUGAUAGUCUACUUCUGGCUCUUGAUGCCAGCCUGGAACAUGCACUACUGGCAUCUGUUAUGACAGUCGACAGAUAUGCUGCUGCAGAGAGUUUCUAUAAACUUGCAAUGGCAUUUGCACCAGUUCCAGAUCUUCAUAUAAUGUGGUUAUUACACCUGUGUGAUGCCCACCAGGAGAUGCAGUCUUGGGCUGAAGCAGCACAGUGUGCUGUUGCUGUUGCUGGAGUAGUGAUGCAGGCACUCGUAUCUAGAAAUGAUGGAGUAUGGAGCUCGGAUCAUGUCUCUGCAUUGCGCAAAAUAUGCCCCAUGGUAAGUGGUGAGAUAACUAGUGAGGCUUCAGCAGCCGAGGUAGAAGGAUAUGGCGCUUCAAAACUUACUGUUGAGUCAGCUGUCAAGUACCUGCAACUUGCAAAUAAGCUCUUCUCUCAAGCUGAACUCCACCACUUCUGUGCCAGCAUUUUAGAACUAGUUAUUCCAGUGUACAAAAGCAGGAGGGCAUACGGACAGUUAGCCAAGUGCCACACGAUGCUGACAAGCAUAUACGAGUCAAUUCUUGAGCAGGAAUCGAGCCUCAUACCCUUUGCCGAUGCAACGUAUUAUAGGGUAGGUUUCUACGGUGAAAAAUUUGGGAAGCUUGACAGGAAAGAGUAUGUAUAUAGGGAAGCUCGUGACGUGAGGUUGGGUGAUAUAAUGGAGAAACUCAGCCACAUAUAUGAGUCGAGAAUGGAUGGUACAACGUUGCACGUAAUCCCAGACUCUAGACAGGUCAAGGCCGAUGAACUACAGGCAGAAGUUUGCUACUUGCAGAUAACAGCUGUAGAUCCAGUUAUGGAAGAUGAGGACUUGGGGAGCAGAAGAGAGAGAUCAUUCCCACUUUCUGUGCGAGCGCGCGUCUUUGAUCGGUUUUUAUUUGAUACUCCUUUCACCAAAAAUGGAAAGACUCAAGGAGGGUUGGAAGACCAGUGGAAACGGCGUACAGUGGUGCAGACAGACGGUUCAUUCCCGGCCCUAGUAAACCGUCUGCAGGUGAUAAAAUCGGAAUCGCUCGAGUUCUCUCCCGUGGAGAAUGCGAUUGGUAUGAUUGAAACGAGAACAGCAGCGUUACGAAACGAACUGGAGGAACCCCGCAGCUCAGAAGGCGAUCAACUCCAGAGUCUACAGAGAAUACUUCAGGGAUCCGUGGCCGUCCAAGUGAACAGCGGAGUUCUGAGUGUUUGCACGGCAUUCCUUUCGGGCGAGCCUGCAACCAGACUGCGGUCACAGGAGCUACAGCAACUCAUUGCGGCACUCCUUGAAUUCAUGGCGGUUUGCAAGCGUGCUAUCCGUGUCCACUUUCGCUUGAUAGGCGACGAAGACGAAGAGUUUCACACGCAGCUUGUUAACGGAUUUCAGUCACUAACUGCAGAAUUGUCCCAUUAUAUUCCAGCCAUUCUUUCAGAACUGUAACAUGACUAGUGUGUUUAGGAGCUGUAUCUUCAUCUUCAUCUUCAUCUUCAUCAUCUUCUUCAUUGUAAAAUUCAAUCCCUUUUUUGGUGCUUGAUCGAAUAUUCCGUUAGUUUUUAUCUAUGUUUCUUACAUGA